GGUGGUACUUCCACUUCUCGAAAAAUACACGCACAGGGCAUUCGCUCUCGCGAGAAGAAAAUUCGUUCUUUUGGCUAUGGCGGCUAGGUAGUCCAUUCCAUCGCAUGCAGCAAGCAAGGGAUUGCGGUGUCUGGCUGGAUCGUCCCGUGCACAGCGAGCGCGCCGCUCCAUCGAUUCGCCACUGGCGCUGCCCCCGCCGCCGCCGCGGCCGAUGAGCCGGAGAUUCUAGGGAUUUAGGGGCGCCGGGGGGUUGGCGUCGAUUCUGGUGCUCAUCCAGAUUCCAGGAGAUCGCAGGGGUGUCUUUCUAGGGUUUCGAUCCGUUCAUGGCUGAGAACUUACCUCCCAAGGUAAUCCGAGCGCUUGCAAAGGAGCUCAAGAGCCUAGACGAGAGCCCUCCAGAGGACAUCCGUGUUCAUGUAAAUGACGACAACUUCUCGAGCAUCUUCGCAGAUAUUGAGGGACCACCCGGAACACCGUACGAAAGUGGCGUCUUCCGGAUCAGAUUGUUGCUUAGCCCCGACUUCCCCCAAACGCCUCCCAAAGGAUUCUUUGUCACCAAAAUCUUCCAUCCAAACAUUGCAAAAAACGGAGAGAUUUGCGUGAACGUUUUGAAGAAAGAUUGGAAGCCGACGCUCGGCUUGAGGCAUGUUCUUCUCGUCGUGCGCUGCUUGCUCAUAGAGCCGUUUCCAGAGUCGGCGCUCAAUGAAGACGCUGGAAAGAUGCUGAUGGAGGAUUACGAGGGCUACGCAAAGCACGCCAGAUUAAUGACCAACAUCCACGCGAUGAAGUCCAAGCCCAGGACGAACAAAGUCGCCAUAGCCGAGUCGACGGUGGUGAACAGCAACGCCGAGGAGAUCCACGUCCCUCUCACGCUCAACACCGCCAACAAGGACACGAGCGGCGCGGACGCGGGCUGCAACGCCGCGGGGGGCGAGGCGCCAUCGUCGGCCUGCCCGUCCCCCAGCGCCAAGAAGCCAAAGGGCGACGUUGGAACGCUCAAGCUCCAGGUAGACAAGAAGAAGAUGGAUGUAAGGAAGAAGAGCCUCAAGCGCUUGUAGCAGCUCUCUCUUCUGUUUAGCUUGUGUGUGUGUAGUGUGAUUACUCUGGACAGGGAGAGGGACAGAGAAAGAUAAAAGAAGGAAAUGAUAUGAUAUUUUUUUAUUUCGUUA